AUGGCGAGUCUGUGCAAGCGGCAGCAAUGUACGAUCGAGAGGCGCGGCUUUCGGCAGGAACUUGACUCGUGGCGGCAUAAACUCAUUCACUGUGUAGGUUUUGAGAGCAUUUUGGAAGGGCUGUUUGGGCCAGGGCUAGUAAAAGAUCUUACACUUUUUCAAGAUUGUGAGCCAAAGGGGGUUUCAGAUUGGUCAUUUGAUGAAAAUUGUCUCUUCUGCUGCUUAAGACGAGAGAAAGUGAAGGAGAACUUGGUUGGUUUGAGCAACCAAGUCUUAUCAGAGGUGGACAUAUAUAGGCAGGAGAAACCCAAUAUCAACAAACUCGAGAGGCAAGCAGAAGACUUCCUCAAUGCUGUCUUCUGUAGAAGGGCAGACCUCCCAAGCUUCUCGGAUCCCCACAUUCCUUUAGUGGCACGGGAAAUAAUGCAGCGAAUGAUCAGACAGUUCGCAGCAGAAUAUACCUCAAAAACCAGCUCAACUCAGGAUAUACCCUAUCCCCAGUCCCAGCUCAACGGCACCAAGGACCAAAGCCUGCCCAAAGCGCCCUUGCUGGACUUGGCCCUGACUGCGCCCACUGCCCUCUUUGGUGGUACAGGCCCUGGGACCAGCACUGCUGCCUCGGCACAGAACCCUGUCCUCAGCAAGCUGCUCAUGGCUGACCAGGAUUCUCCACUGGACCUAACUGUUAAAAAGCCAGAUGUGGAGCCCUGUAACCAAGAUGGCGUCCUUGAUCUCUCAACAAAGAAAAAACAGAAUCGUAGCAGCUUCUCUUUCAAAACAUCUCAAGGAUUCUCUGUCAUGCCCAUAGUAAAAGGGCAUUCCUUGAUAAUCAAUCAAAAAUACCGAGAUGUUGACGAUGAAGAUGGUCUACCAGCAAAGGCCUUGAAAGAUUCUAUUUGGGAGAAUCACAUUGGCCCUGCCCCUAUCAAGACACCACUUGCCCGAUCACUUCUCAUAAAGGAGGAGCUCCUAAGCCAGAAGCAACGCUUCCUUGGACAACCUUCCCCUCUUUCAUUGGCAACCUUGGAGACAGUUGGUCUUCUUAACCACAGUCAGACCAAUCCUCUCUCAUCUCAUGAUGGCUCUUGGGGAAAACCUCAGUUAGAUAGCUUAUUGAAGUUCAGACAGGCUAACAGUAAUUUCAGUGAUUUAAAGGAUGUGCCACUUGUUUUGGAGAACCAAGGCACAUUGAUCAAGGGCACCAAUGCCUCCCACAGCAAGUCCCUUGAUGUCGCUGCGAUCACAGCAAAGAAGGAUGCAGGGAACUCUCCUCCAGUUGACUUGAAGAUCCCUCAAGUCAGGGGCAUGGACCUUUCCUGGAAUUCCCAUGGAAAUACAUCUGAUCUCUAUAGUUAUACCUCCAUGAAUCUGGGCGGUGUGCACUCGGAGAGUUCUCUAAGCAGGAAGCUUAGGGCCAUUUUGCCCAAACAAAGUCGCAGGGCUGUCUUGGGAGGCCUCCUUGAAGGAAGUGCCAUGGGCGAGUAUUGGGGCACAGAUCCUGACCAGUCAACUUCUGGACCACAAUAUCCAACCUCAGAUCCAGAAGCAGAUCCAACAGGUUCCAAGCAGCCACGCAAGAAGAGGGGUCGGUACCGCCAAUAUAACAGUGAGAUCCUAGAAGAGGCUAUUGCUGUGGUGAUGAGUGGGAAAAUGAGUGUUUCAAAGGCACAGAACAUCUAUGGUAUUCCUCACAGUACACUUGAGUACAAGGUGAAAGAGAGGAUGGGCACGCUGAAGAACCCACCAAAGAAGAAGCUUAAACUAAUGAUGAGGAUGGAGGGACAAGACUCUGGAGUCACAGCUGAAACUGAAUCCUCAACACCGGUGACCACCCCCAGCACAGCGCAAGAGGAUGUACUGCAGGGAGUGGGAGACACAAAAGAUGAGUAAUUACACAAAGCUGGGACAAAACUAAUAAACCUCAAAUACUAAUUGGGAAAAAAGAACAUGGCUUUAAUUGUGCCAAUUUACUUUGCAGUAUCUGGGUGAGCACAACCACAGGGAACCAAUAAUUGGGGAUGAAAAUUAUUGGCUAACAUUACAGGGGU